CGCCCAUGCUACAUAUUGGAAAUAUAAGAAGCCACGGUUCCAAAAGAAGCAGUUUAAAAAUGAAUGGGCUGCCAGACGGAUUAACACGGACGGAUCUCCUUCUGGAAAAAUCCACAGAAGAAGGUGGGUGGGAAGGGCCGCUCUUGGUCAGACUCCGGAGGAAGUGGUUGUCAAGAAG